AUGGCGGAUAUUCUUGGAGUCACAGCAAGUAUUGCAGGUAUUAUCAGUCUAUCUGAUACUGUGUAUCAACAUAUUUUCAGGUACACCCGGGCCGUUGCGGGCGCUAAAGACGACGUGAAACAACUUGGACAAGAACUCAACGCGCUGUCUGGAGUACUGCGCAGUUUAUACGCCCUUGCAGCAGUCUUAGAGGAGGAGGAGGACCAACUAUAUGAUCCUGCGAUGAAAAUACAGCAUCUGAUCAAAUGCCAAGAAACCAUUGAAAAGAUCAGAAAACGUGUCAAGAAAGCUACCGAUGAUUUUGACAAACCGGCGAGGUGGCGGGGGCUUUCUCGACAAUUGAAAUGGCCUUUCUCAAAGGAUGAGACCAGGGACCUAGUCUCGGAAAUUGCACAGUACAAAGGCACGAUCUCUCUUGCUGCAUCAGCGGAUACUCUGCGCCAACUUCAAGCUUCUCUUUCCCUCCAGUCCAAGUAUCACCAAGAGACGAAGAAGUUACAAACUGAUAUAAGAAACAAGAUCGAGAUCACAGCUGCUAUUUCCCUCAACACAAAAAAGCAGAGCAUCUUGGACUUUUUCAUGGGGCCUGAUCUGAAUCCCGAGCCUAUCCUAAAGCAGAACAUUGGUCUACAUCAACCAACAACUGGGAAUUGGCUGCUAGAGUCAGAAGAGGUCAAAAACUGGUUCCAUACCCCGGGAUCACUUCUUUGGAUGAACGGUAUAGCGGGAGGGGGAAAGACCAUUCUGGCUACCAUUAUCAUCCGAGAAGCACUUUCACGGAACUUGCCAGAUUGUGGAAGAGCCUUUUUCUUUUGUGACUAUAAAAAAGAAGGUACGCUAUCACCGGUCAAUAUCCUAGGAGCGAUUGCAAGACAGUUGGCGAUUCAAAAGGAUGAUUGUUUCGUCUGUCUUGAAAACUAUCACGCGGACCUUCACCCAGAGCGAAACCUGAGCAGUAAGCCUGAUGUCGACGAGUUGCGAGCCCGGAUCACUCAAAUGGCUUUAUCUUUCUCUCAGGUUCUGAUCGUCAUUGAUGGAAUUGAUGAGUGCCAGGAAGAGGUCCGCCAACUUCUUCUCGACUCACUGAGAGAGUUAGCUGAUAGUUCCAGCAACAUCGGUAUAGCGCUAUUCUCUCGUGACGAGAUUGAUAUCAGGAUGCGGCUAGAGAAAUACUUUGAGAGCGUUAGCAUUGAAGCUCAUAGAGAGGACAUAGCGAUAUACGUCCGCGCUGAGAUGGAACGACGUCGCAUUAGUGGCCAACUCAUGAUAAAGACCGAGAGCAUCAAGCUCGAGAUUAAGAAGGAGCUUAUUACCCGAGCUCAUGGCAUGUAA